ACUCGCAAGUGUGGUUCUACCCUCCAGCAGCAUGUCAAGACAAUCUUGGCCUGAAGUAGGUCUUACGCAGAAGCCCGGACAGCCCCCGCGCCAUCUGCGUCCCGGUGCCAUGCCAACGAUACUCUGUCCGAAAAUCCAAGGCACUGCAGGUCAAAGUUUGACAAAAUCCGGAUCUAGCACUUCCUUUUUAGGGAUGCAAGCAAGACGACACUGAUCCGAAGUCG